AUGGUGAAGGCCGGAUUCGCUGGGGACGACGCUCCCCGCGCCGUGUUCCCCAGCAUCGUGGGGCGUCCACGUCACCAUGACGUCAUGAUAGGGAUGGGGCAGAAGGACGCGUACGUGGGUGACGAGGCACACAGCAAGCGAGGCAUCCUGACCAUCAAGUACCCCAUCGAGCACGGCAUAGUGAGCAACUGGGACGACAUGGAGCGCGUGUGGGCGCACACCUUCUACAACGAGCUGCGAGUGUCCCCCGAGGAGCACCCUGUGCUGCUCACCGAGCCGCCACUCAACCCCAAGGCGAACCGCGAGCGCAUGGUGCUGAUCAUGAUGGAGUCGUUCCACGUGCCCGCUGUGUACGUUGCCAUUCAAGCCAUUCUCAGCCUCUACUCCUCCGGCCGCACCACAGGUCUGGUGGUGGAUUCAGGCGAUGGGGUCUCCCACGUGGUGCCCAUCUAUGAGGGCUACACGCUGCCACAUGCCAUCCACCGAUUGGACCUCGCGGGCCGUGACGUCAGCAGCCAUCUGGCGAUGCUGCUGACGGAGCGAGGCUACUCCUUCACCACCUCAGCAGAGAGGGAAAUCGUCCGGGACAUAAAGGAGAAGCUGUGUUACGUGGCAGAGGACUAUGAGAAAGAGAUUGCGCUGGUUGAGAGUGGUGGAGUAGGAGUGGGAGGAGUGGGAGGAGGUAGAAGGAGAGGAGGGGAGGAGGGCGGGGCUGGAAGGAAGAAGGGAGGGAGGUCCGAGAGGGAGACACCGAGCGGUAGUGCUGACACUGCCGCUGCUGCUACUGCAGCUACCAGUCUCGACAAGACCUACGAGCUGCCCGACGGGCAGGUGAUAACAAUCGGUUCGGAGCGGUUCCGCGCGCCAGAAAUUCUCUUCUCGCCCUCCCUCGUGGGCAUGGAGGCACCAGGCCUGCACGAAGCAGCAUACAACACCAUCAUGAAAUGCGAUGUGGAUGUGCGGAGGGACCUGUAUGCAAACAUAGUGCUGAGUGGCGGCUCUUCUAUGUUCCCGGGGAUGCCUGAGAGGAUUCAGAGGGAGGUGGGGGGACUGGCGCCGGGGAGUGUGCGCGUGCGUGUGGUGGCGCCUCCUGAGCGCAAGUACAGCGUGUGGAUCGGCGGGUCUAUCCUUGCGUCUCUCACCACGUUUGAACAGAUGUGGAUCACAAGGGAGGAGUAUGAGGAGUAUGGCCCCAGCAUUGUGCACCGCAAGUGUUUCUAG